AUGAAGAUGCUGCGAUGGAUGAGCGGCGUGACGCGCGCUGACCGCAUCCCUAACGAGUACAUUCAUGGCAGCUUCAUAGUCCGUGACGUAGCGGAGAAGUUGCAAGAAUGUCGCCUCCGGUGGUUCGGCCACGUUUUUAGCAGGCCAACUGACUACGUAGGAAACAUAUACCUUUACCUAGCCCUUGACGGCUCCCGACCCAACGGCAGACCAAAAAAGCAAUGGCUCGAUGUCGAUGUCGUGGGCGUAAACGGGCUCACACGAGAGGACGCCCAGGAUUGUGCAAAGUGGAGAAAGGCAAUUAGGCGGACCCUGGCAAAGGACGGCAUAGCGCUAGGUAGAAGAAGAAGUAUAAAAUAA